AUCUGCAUAUUACAUAAAAAUAUUAAAUACACCAGAAGAACGUCGUUAUAAUUAAAAAGAAGAUUUCUGAAAUAAAAGUUGCGGAGGAGAUAUAAUGUUAAAACCUGGCAAAUUAGACAGCGAAGACAUACUCAAGUGCUGCCUUGUCACACUCUCUCUCUCUCCUUCUCCUUCUUACAAAACCCUCCAAUCUCAAUUCUAAUGUCCCAAAACAAUCUUCUUUCUCUCUCUCUCUCUCUUCUCUCUUCUCUCUAUCUACGUAUGUGUAGGGUCGAAGACAAUACGACGCCGUUUCAAGGGUUGCAAUUUGCAACCUUUUGAUUGGUCUCUCUUCUCUUUGCCCAACCAAAAACAACCUUUGAUGAUAUAAAGAUCAGCCAACUUUGUCCAUUCCAAAUCUCUUUUUUUUCCCCUAAUGUUUUAGACAAGCACAUUUUUCCAUAAUUAUUUAUUUAUUCAAUUUUAUCUGUUUUUGGGGUUUUUAUAUCAUCAUCAUCAUCGGAAGACUUCCAUAUUUGUUAAUCGUGAUAUUCAUUAAAUAAAAUGUCUCAAACGAGCUAUUAUCGAUCACCGUUCGGAGACACGACUUACACCAAAGUGUUCGUUGGAGGAUUAGCAUGGGAAACUCCUACCGACGAAAUGCGUCGUUACUUCGAUCAGUUCGGAGAGAUUCUUGAAGCCGUCAUCAUUACCGAUAAAAACACCGGCAAAUCUAAAGGCUAUGGAUUCGUGACGUUUCGGGAGGCGGAUUCAGCCACGAGAGCCGUCGCUGAUCCAAAUCCGGUGAUCGACGGAAGAAAAGCCAAUUGUAAUAUUGCGUCUUUUGGACGGCCUCGACCAUCGCCGCCUCGAGGUCGAGGACAAACAGGAAGUCCGAGUCAGUACCAAAGUGGAGGACCAUCAGGUUAUACCGGGAUGGCUGCACCACUGCCACCGGCUGCAGCUCCCCAGCUCAUGUAUCCGUCCUACGGGUACACCUAUAACCCUGAUCAAUUCGGGUACCACCAAGCACUGUACAACACACAGUUGCAACAAGCACAAUACUAUCAGCAGCAACAGCAGCUUUAUGGAGGAGGAGCAACAUCACCAUCAUCAUCAGGAACUAUCAUGCCUUCUCCAUACUAUUAUGGCUAUUCUCUUCAAGCUCCUAGAGUACCAUACCAACAUCAUCAUCAUCAUCUUCCUCAACCAUAUAAUCCUCAACAACAUCAUCAACGGUUUUCUUCUCCUUCUUUCCUCGUUUACCCAUCCAAUUCCUCUUUUACCCCUCCUCUCCAAGGACUACUCUCUUCUUCCACCGAUUCUGAAGCAGUACCACAACAAAUACCAGCUACAGAAGGCGAAGCAACGACUGCUCCUGAAAUUACAACCAUCAACACCAAAGAACCUAUUUCUUCUUGAUCUUUCUUUCAUCUCCCAAUUUGUACAAUCUUCACAUUUUUAUCUCUCUCUCUCUCUCUGAAAGAACCCAGCUAAUUCAUUUUUUCUCAACAAGAGUAAUGACUUGAGCCCCAAGAAUACAGACUCAAGUCUCAAGACUGUCAAACCUAAAAGACGGCUAAAGGGAAAUCUCUUGUCAUAUUUUGCUCUUUUUCUGACGAAAUAUAUAUAUAAAUUUGAGUUCUUCAUAUUCUUUGUUUACUCAUUUAUUUUAUAUCUAAUAAUUUCUACUUUAUGCUA